AUGAAGGAACAUGUACCUGUAUCAGUGCCAUUCCCAGUGAUGGACAGCCAGCACAACAACUCCUGUAACAACUGCAAGCACAACAACUCCUGUGACAACAACAGACACAACAACUCCUGUAACAACAGACACAACAACUCCUGCAACAACAACAGACACAACUCCUGUAACAGCUGGCACAAUCAGUCCUGUAACAACAGCAGCAGGCACAACAACUCCUGUGACAACAACAGACACAACAACUCCUGUAACAACAGACACAACAACUCCUGCAACAACAACAGACACAACAACUCCUGUGACAACAACAGACACAACAACUCCUGUAACAGCUGGCACAACAACUCCUGUAACAACAGCAGGCACAACAACUCCUGUAACAACAACAGACACAACAACUCCUGUAACAGCUGGCACAAUCAGUCCUGUAACAGCAGGCACAUCAACAACUGUAACAGAAACCCACACAUCAACAACUGCAACAACAGCAAAUACAACAACUCCUGUAACAUCAGCCAAUACAACAACUCCUGGAACAACAGCAGGCACAACAACUCCUGUAACAAUAACAGACACAACAACUCCUGUAACAGCAGGCACAAUCAGUCCUGUAACAACAGCAGGCACAUCACCAACUGUAACAGAAACCCGCACAUCAACAACUGUAUCAACAGCCAAUACAACAACUCCUGUAACAUCAGCCAAUACAACAACUCCUGCAACAACAACAGACACAACUCCUGUAACAGCCAGCACAACAACUCCUGUAACAACAGCAGGCACAACAACUCCUGUAACAACAACAGACACAACAACUCCUGUGACAAUAACAGACACAACAACAACUGUAACAGCUGGCACAAUCAGUCCUGUAACAACAGUAGGCACAUCAACAACUGUAACAGAAACCCACACAUCAACAACUGUAACAACAGCAAAUACUACAACUCCUGUAACAGCUGGCACAACAACUCCUGUAACAACAGCAGGCACAACAACUCCUGUAACAUCAGCCAAUACAACAACUCCUGCCACAACAGCAGGCACAACAACCCCUGUAACAUCAGCCAAUACAACAACUCCUGCAACAACAGCAGGCACAACAACCCCUGUAACAUCAGCCAAUACAACAACUCCUGCAACAACAGCGGGCACAACAACCCCUGUAACAUCAGCCAAUACAACAACUCCUGUAACAACAGACACAGCAAUGACCACCACAUCUACACCUCCCACAACUACACCCCUCACAACUACACCCCCCACAACUACAACUACCACAUCUACAUCUCUCACAACUACACCCCCCACAACUACAACCACCACAACUACACCCCCCACAACCACCACAACUACAACCUCCACAGUUGGCAUUACAACCCCAGCCCCAAACCUGGAAGUGUGAUUGCAGACUUCAGUAUUACCUCAACAACUAACAACAUUGAUUUGGCUUCAGCAAACCAACAGCUUGCUACCAAUCUCAUUAAUAGUGGAUUCAGUGUUUCUGGCGAUUUACUUAGUCAAAGUGUCCAAGGAGAACUAACCAACAUCAACAGAAACAUAUAUCCUGGUUCAGAUCUCAAACUAACAUGUAAUCCCCCACUGACAAAUGGUAUAAACUGGACCCUGAACGGGAUUCAGUUACAGCAGUCAGACAAGUAUGUGAUUAAUAAUGCUGAACUCACUGUGAAGAAUGCCGGUCCCACUGACAGUGGAGGCUGCAUCACAUGUAACUAUACAAUUAACAAACAGGAUUGUCAGAAUGGUGUGCAAACAAAACAGUUCAAAUGCCAACUAACACAACCUAUCAGUGAUAGUAGUUACAACUCGGAGACCAUCGAAAUACAAGUAAAAAACCAAGGAUUUGACUGUUCUGAUAAGGUAUUCGGAGCUGGAAAUCAAGGAGCAAUCCAAACUGCUAACUGUGAUGAAAACAUGGCUGGCUAUAAAAAAGCUCAGUGUAUUUCAAAAAAGUGGACCAUUAUAGAAGACAACUGUGUUCUGAUUGAAAUUCAAAAUUUAAAAAAUGAAGCUGAGAAUUUACAGGUAUCAGCUAUCCCACAGUUUAUGGCCAGCCUCAGUAGUAAUGCUACUUCACAGUCUCAAAACCUCUUUGCUUCUGCAGCAACAAUAACAACAAUUGUAGACAUUCUAACCAUUGUUUCAGGUCUCUCACAAACAACUGUAGUCAGUCAAACCAUUAUGACGGAUUUCAUAAAAACAGCUGAGGUCAUUGGAACAAAUGAUACAUCAGGCACUUGGGAGCAAUUAAACAAAAACAAUGAAACAAGUAACACCAGUAAUUUACUUCUGAAUGCUACUGAGAACAUUGCACGUAGACUCCCGGAUGAGGACAUCAUAAUAACAACAAACUUUACUUCUGUCAAAAAAAAAACCUUUACUGCACCCUUUUCUGAAGCAUUUGGAAAAAAUUCUACCCAAAUAAAUAUUCCAGUGAGUGAUGUCAAGACGUCCCUCACAGUCAUAAUCUCUUCGGCUUUUAACAACAUCUUACCUGUUCGAACUCUGACCAACAAUAACAGCAGUCAGACUGGCACCAAGAUCAAUGGAGACGUAGCUGUGAUUGAGACAAACUCAACAAUUAACAACAUCUCUCUCUCUUUUGAUGUCAUAAAUAUUACAUUGGGAAAACCUCAGUGUGUCUUCUGGAACUUUAAUAUUCUGAAUGGUCUUGGUGGAUGGGACUCGACUGGAUGUCAGUUAAAGCUAUUAGGGAAUGAAACUGAAAGAUACACAUGUGAGUGCAAUCACACCACCUCUUUUUCAAUCCUGAUGUCACCAUUUACGCUGGAUAAAGACCAAGACAUAAUCUUAGACUAUAUAACCUACAUUGGUGUUGGCAUUUCAAUGGGCAGCUUAGUUUUGUGCCUCAUCAUUGAAAUCAUCAUAUGGAAAUCAGUGACACGAAAUGACACAUCCUUCAUGCGACAUGUCGCCAUAGUCAACAUCGCUGUCUCCCUCCUGAUUGCGAACAUUUGCUUUAUCAUUGGAGCAGCUGUUGCUAAUUUAGAGGGUCCCUGCAGUACAGCGACGUUCUUCAUGCACUUCUUUUAUCUUGCCCUUUUCUUCUGGAUGUUGCUGUCAGCACUUUUGCUCCUCUACCGCACCCUCAUGGUCUUUUCCAGAAUGACCAGAGGAGCAAUGAUGGCCAUAGGCUUCACUGUCGGCUAUGGAGCCCCGUUAAUCAUAGCUGUCAUUACUGUGGCAUCUACAGCUGGAGGCAAAGGAUACAUUCAACAAGGUUACAAUUGCUGGCUGAACUGGAAUAAAACAAAGGCACUCCUGGCAUUUGUGAUUCCUGCUCUGACAAUUGUAGCUAUAAACCUCCUGGUGCUUAUUGCGGUUCUGUUUAAGAUGUUGAGGAGAGGAGUUAAUGCUUCUGUUCAGCCAGAUGAGAAACAUCCCCUAGUGAUCAUUGCUAAAUGCGUGGCGAUUUUAACACCUCUCUUUGGUCUAACGUGGGGAUUCGGCAUUGGCACCUUGGUGUCACAGAACUUUGGGAUUCAUGUAGUGUUCGCAUUCCUUAAUUCACUGCAGGGUUUCUUUAUUUUGAUUUUUGGAAUAAUCCUGGACAGUAAGGUCCGAGAAGCAUUGGCAGGAAAGUUUUCACUGAGGAACUUAAGUUCUGGUCGCACCAGGAGUACGAGUGCAGGACCAACGUCCUCAAGUGGACUUCCUUUCAUGCAGAGGUUACGGCAAAGAAAUGUGUACAAUGUACAAGCAAACAGCGGCACUACGGCUUCAACUUCAAACAACUCAUAUGCGCCUAUCAACACUUAAGGCAGUAAACCCCUAUUACAAGAGCCUGUUUAACUGCUAUCAUACAGUACAUGCAUGUUUUAACAAAGUAAAUAAUGAAAAUUAAUAAACAACAAAUAAUAUAUAUUUC